GUUAGCUCUCUAUGAAGGAAGAUCAACAUGUAUCGGUGCAGUCUAGCUGUUUUGAUUUUAGUCUUUCUUAGGGCCUUACUAACAGUUCUUUCUUGUUUGCAGUGUGAUCGUGUGGUGGUACUUUUCCAUGACGAGUUUUUACUGAACCAGCCAAAUCUCACGAUACAAGAGGAAAUAGAAUUACGAGCCAUCAUCGAUCAAGCCUACGAAAGUUUUCAACAAUCCAGCUUGCCUUACCAAGGAGUCAUCGAUCCCACCGGCCUGAACCGGGCUCGCACAGAGUACCACAACGAGUUUGAUCGCUUCUGGGAUGAGGACCGAGGAGACAACAUUCAGGCGGACAUGUUGACAAUUGUGACAAAAGGACAGGAGAUUCUGGAAAAGCACCUGGAGAGCUUCUUUAAUGACAGUCUGUGUCCAAACGAAUGUGGUGUGUUUAAUCAGACGUUGAUGAACUGUGACAACUGUGAAUAUGAGGAGCGCAUUUGCCAACCACAGGACCCUCCUAACGACUGUAAUGACCAGUCUCUGUGGGCAGAGGAAGGGGAUCAGGUGCUGUUGGACUGCUUUCUUCCUUGGCAUAGUCUGGUGAGGGGAGCAAAGGACUACCAUUACUCCUGGAGAAAUAACACUUACAAUGGUACAUCUGAGGAGGAUGGGUUUCAGAUGCUAGUGGUGACUCCUGAGCCCAACAUCAUGCUGAGCCAGCUGACUAUGGCUGAGGGAGGAGUGUACCGCUGUGUCUUCCAGAGUAGAGGCGGUACUGUCUACUCCCGCACUCACUUCACACUCAAUGUGUCUGCAGAGCCGCUGACCACCCCUCGCCCCUUUCUGACUCUCCCCCCAGGACCAACAGGGCCUGGGGAUGGGGUGAAGCCGAAGAUACCUCCACACAUCCUCACCACCUCGCUGGCACUAGUCUCUGGACUUAGCCUGGCUGGUUGCCUCACGGUGGUCAUUGUUCUAGGAAAGGUGAUGUGGAGACGCUACAGGACAGAGAAGUGGAGGAGUGGACAUGGGGGAGGGGAAGAAGAGAGAAUGGAACUGAUGACCAUGGUAGCGGAGUGAGAGCAAUGGAUGGAAUAGAAGGAAUGGAAGAGGUCAAAUAUGAAUAUUAUGGCCUAUUUUAUUAUUAUUAUUCUGAAAGAGACAACUAGAGUAUAUUAAAUAAAUUGCAUGGAUACUUGA